AGUAGGAUGAGGAGGCACGAGGGACGAGAAGAGGUGGAGUCUCGGCCAACUCUCCUUCUUGAGUCUCGGUGCCUCUAACCCUGGGCCAAACCCCCUCCCCAUCACCACGCCACUUGUUUUCACACACUGUAGAUCCGACCGAAGAUCCGAACAUACACGGCCACAUAAUGGAGACGGAAGGGAGCCAGAUCAGCCUGUCGUCCGCGGACUCCCCUCACGACCCCUGCAAAAUGUUUAUAGGUGGGCUCAGCUGGCAGACCACCCAAGAGGGACUGAAGGAGUACUUCUGCAAGUACGGCGAGGUGAAGGAGUGUAUGGUGAUGCGGGAUCCAGUUACUAAGCGCUCAAGAGGAUUCGGGUUUGUCACCUUCGUCGAUCAGGCGGGUGUGGAUAAAGUUUUGGCCCAGGCCCGGCACGAGCUGGACUCGAAAACUAUUGACCCCAAGGUUGCUUUCCCACGCAGAGCUCAGCCCAAGUUGGUGACUCGGACCAAGAAGAUCUUCGUCGGUGGCCUGUCCGUCACCACGACCAUAGAAGACGUCAAGCAGUACUUUGACCAGUUCGGCAAGGUUGACGAUGCCAUGCUCAUGUUCGACAAGACCACCAACCGACACAGAGGGUUUGGCUUUGUGACGUUUGAGAAUGAGGACGUGGUGGAGAAGGUGUGCGAGAUCCACUUCCACGAGAUCAACAGCAAAAUGGUGGAGUGCAAGAAGGCUCAGCCCAAAGAGGUGAUGUCCCCGACAGGCUCAGCCAGGGGGCGCUCCCGGGUGAUGCCCUAUGGAAUGGACGCCUUCAUGCUGGGCAUUGGGAUGCUGGGGUACCCAGGGUUCCAGGCCGCCACCUACACCAGCCGAAGCUACGCUGGGAUCACCCCGGGAUACACCUACCAGUUCCCUGAGUUCCACUUAGAGCGGACCCCUCUGUUGACAUCACCCCACCCCCCUGAGCUCACAGCCAUCCCCCUGACAGCCUACGGACCGAUGGCGGCCGCUGCCGCAGCCUUGCGAGGUACGACGCCAUGGCACUGCUCCACCCCCUCUCGCUCAGCUGGGUUCUUAGGUACCAGCAGUCCCGGGCCCAUGGCAGACCUCUAUGGAGCCGCGAGCCAGGAAUCCGCCGUCAGCAGUUACCUCAGCGCUGCCAGCCCCGCCCCAAACAGCGGAUUCGGCCACGGCUUGGGGGGGCCUUUGAUUGCUACAGCCUUCACCAAUGGCUACCAUUAGAGGAGCUGGAGAGAUGUAGACUAAGAGCUGGAAAGACUUCUACUUCAUGGUGAUCUGGCCGUCUCUGUCUGGUUUUUGACCUCGCAGUCAUGACGACCUCCACGCUGGACCCCCCUCCCCCCCAAUUAUUCACCCCCCCCCCCACCAAUAAUGGUCAGGCCCCGUUCUCUUCUUUCUGUUUUGACCUCUUGUGGUUAACUUUUCAUCAUGUUGGGUGGUUUAAAGUAAUAAUAAUUAUUAGUUCAAUCAGAAGCAACAUGUAUUUUAUUUUUUGGGGAAAAAUGUUAUGGUUAGAAAUACGUGCAAACGCUUUAUUUCUACCCUAUUUUAAUUUCACUGUACUGUUUUUGUGUGUGUGUGGCAAUUGUGCUCAUUGUAUGUGAUUGGGCUGUGUUUAAUUUGUUAGAUUGAGAUGUUGUAAAGGAACAAUGUUUGCGAGCGGUGUCACCCUGCGCUAAACAUUUCAGUGGCUCUCUUCGCUUGCUGAAUCAUUGUACAUUCAUCAUUAGUGCUCGAGAAAUUUAACAAAAGAUUUGAACUAAAACUAUUUUUCGUAAUUUUUCACAAAGGAUUUUUUUAACACUUUGUUAUGCUAACGAUGAUCAAACGAUAAUGCUUACUAUAAGCGUAAAGCAAACCCGCUGACAGUCAAAUUGUUUGUGUGCUGCACGAUACUGUAAAAUACUGUAAAUACAACUCGGGAGUGGGGGGGGGGAGGGGGUCUGUGGAUGCUAGUGUCAUUUGUUUUGUUACCAGUUGAACGUUUUUUAGAACCUCAACAGACUGGCUACAUAUCAUCUCACGGGGAUUUGAAAACCAUGUACAGAUGUGAAGAAGAAUGAAGGACCGACCUGCAGGAGCAGCUGUGAAGAGCUAUCAUGAAGCCCAUUCUGACUGAUUCCACCUGCAGACUGUUUGUAUGUGUGUGUUUGUGUGGCCAGUGGACAGCUCUAAGUGAUCAUACUUUUUGUGUUGUUUACAUUUUUUUUUGUGCUAUGUACCAUUUUAGGAAGGAUACUAUAGCUUUAAAAAAAUUACAUUUUUAACCAGAUUUGAACUUUACAUUAACAUUGUGUGUCUACGGCAUUUUGUGAGUAGAUUUAUUUUUCUUCAAAGGUUCAGGUUGAAACUCUAACGCUGUCUCUAAACCAGUUGUUUAAUGGUCACUCAACCUCUUGCCACUAGAUGUCGCAAGACGACACUUAUGACACUGACCGUUACACGGCUGAUCCACUGGCUGACACAAGACUGUAGCAAUACACACACAGAACUUUAAUUUAAAGAGCAAAGAUUAUUUGGUAUGGAGCUAAUAAGUUGUUGCACUGGCAGAUUGUCUAAAAUCUUGUUUUCCUCCUUUUUUCCUGAGUUCAAGAACAAAGCACUAUUAGUCUAUUAAAACACCAGGGUUUAGAUUUUUAACAGUGUUUUCUUGUAAUACUGCCGAUGUCCCCUGGGGUAGUUCUUAUCUUUGUUGACGUCUUCACUGAAAAAAAUUACAAUCCUUCACAACACUAACCUUUUUCUGUCUUUCUUUAAAUAAAUAAAAACACUUUUUAAGAUUCCUAAUAAAUUAUUUUAAAAUA